AUGAUAAAAGCUGAAUUAAUAGAGAUUGUAAAAUCCCACAAAUCGAAUUACGAACGCUAUGCUGUGGAAGAGUUGGCCGCUGAAUAUGGUGUCACAAUCCUGCGGCUGCCCCCUUAUCACUGUGAGCUCAACCCAAUAGAGUUAGUUUGGGCUCAAACAAAGGGGUAUGUCGCCAGGAACAAUAAAACUUUUAAAAUAAAAGACGUAAAAAAGUUGUUUGAAGAAGGUGUUAAAGAAGUGACACCUGAAAAUUGGCGACAGUGCAUCAACCAUACAAUAAAAGUCGAAGACAAAAUGUGCCAACUCGACCACAUCAUAGACGAAUGUGUGGAUUCAUUUAUAAUAAAUGUAACUGAUUCCGAUUCCGAUUCUGAAUAUACUGAUUCAGAAUCGGAUUCGGAAUCGCAACUGUUAUGA